UCCAGAGCUCCCGUCUCCAACUCCAGAGACUACAGGACUGAGAUGCUAGUGGCGGAUCCCAAGAGCCUUCACAGCGCCGUACUGUGCAUCGUGGGUAUGGGGUUGAGAUGCUCCGCACCGGGCAAGCAUCCCAUAUGAAAGUACCGGUAUCCGAAUAUAGGGAUCAAAAGCUGUAUGGCAAAUCAUUCCCUGCGCUUGAACGCUCGUGGUAGAUUCAGAUUCGAUUGGCUCAUACUCCAUGCCGAGCGGCUGGCUAUCCCGAUGGCCGAAAUUUCUGGAUUUCGUCCUGCACAACAGGGUGUACGGGACUGUGGAAGGGAAGGUUCGAUACGGUGAACAGACUGCACAUAAUUAUCUGUUUAAUGGUAUUUAUUUCGUUCAUCUAUUUUAAAUAUCCGAUGGUUCCUUUCCUCCCCCCCCCCAGCCAGCACCCCCAAAUAAUGAUACUCCGCAAAACAAUGGAAAAAAACUUGCACACCUCGGGCACCAAGUUGGUUUUUCAUCUAAAGCUUAUUCCCACCCUUUCAUCCUCUUCUCCUCUUUAGGGAUAGUCCCUUUCAAGUUUGCUUGCACUACGGGAAUACGGCUCUGCAGAAUACAGUAGGGUUGCAUAAGAACAGAGAGUGCGAUUCCAUACGAACCCGAAACCCCUGCUUCCCAGCCCAACCAGUGCUUCCAUAUAAGAAUUUGUGGCCGCUGCAGAAUUUCUAUGGCUCAGCGGGGUACGGUACCCGGCCCAGCUAGAUCCGGGAAAGCGGGGUGCAACUGUACUAGUACAGUAUGAUACUUGUACUCUUAAAAACCAUUGCCCUAUCCUAUGUCCUACAGGGAAGAGGAAGCGAAGAAAAAGAGAAUGGGUUGAAGUUGUGAACGAGUGUGGGUGGGAUGGGUGUGGGUUGGUUACACGGCCCGAUCAGGAAAUCCCUUGUCCUCCGUAUUAGUACAGUGAGUUAAGCAAUGUCAUGAGGUUUUUUAAUUUUCGGGCCUUCGGGUCAUUGGUGUUCUAGGUUCGAGUGACUGGGCAGUGCUACACACCCAUGGUAUGGGAACAACAAACAGAGGGGUACCCUCGAAUGAUACACCGAGGAUCUGGUGGUAGGGCAAUAAACUUGGCUAUUUUUAGAUCAUAUGGAUCGGGGGGGGAGGAGGCAGAAUCGGGAUACGGUGCACAAGAAUACAAGGUUGGCGGGUUAUUGUUUAGUGAUUGAAAGAUGAAUGGAGUCGGCGGCGGGGGAUCGAACGAUAGUCUGAUUACAGCUCCAGCUCCGGCUCCCCCUAAGCCCAAUACCUACGGUGCGAUACUCCACAGCUCGAAUGCAGCUCCCCCGAGAGAAUAUAAAAACCCCUCUACCUCCCUCUCUCAUGUUCAUUCCCUCACCAGCACCGGUCCAGGAAAGCAUACACAAGCCAAAUCACAAGUCCUUCACUUGCCUCUUUCCAUUCAAUCGUUCAUCUCCCUUCUAAAUCAACCAAAAGAAACCUAUAUAACACCUCCCUCCACAACCCAGAUUCCAAAAGAAAAUGCAGUUCACAACCUAUGUCCUCGCAACCUUCACCCUCAUCUCGGCCGCAUUGGCAAGCCCCGUUAACAACCUAGUCGAGCGCCAGCUUCAGUACUGCGGUACCCAGCCAUAUUACCCUCAGGACUACACCUGCUACCCUGCCAACAACAACCUCCUCUGCCCAAUCAGCAACGGCGUUAUCUUUCAGCCAUGCGGACAAGCGUGCUUCGACCCGGCGAACUAUGGUUGCGUCAAUGGACAACUCGUGCCCGUUGGUAAUUGCAAUGGACAGGCCUAUGAUAAGAACUCUUACGUCUGCGUGAGCAACCACCUCUGCCCAAAGACUCACCCGAACCUUUGCGGCGAGGCUUGCUACAGCCUUAGCCAGUACCGCUGCAACAAUGGACAAUUGGUUCAAGUGUAAGCGCUCUCGGUCAUGACCGAGGAAGCCGAGUGGGGGAGGGGGGGGAAGAGUUGGUACAUUAAUCGGAUCUAAGAAAUCUUGAGAUCGGGCAAUUCAUAGCUAGUGUUUCUUAUGUCGGGAAUAAUGGAUGGGGGUGAUAUGUAUUGGCGGGUGGAACGGUGGGUAUGGGGGUUUACGUCUUUCGCUGGAAGCAUUCAUUGUAUUGGACAUGUUUUCUCACUCAUCUUUUGCCCUUUUGGGGGUAGGGGACAGCCAGUAUCAAUCACGGCUGGGGAGGGAGCGGGAUAAGGAAGGAGUGUAAUGAAUAAAUGAAUGGACGGAUGAUAUACAUAUCGAA